AUGAAGCUUUCAUUUGGCCUCAACAGGCAGGAUGGCGGCGAUGCGCAGAGGCGGUCGGCGAGGGGCACGAGGCAGGGCCUGCCGAAGCGGGACCGUUACGCUCGCCUCGCCCGGCCUUUGCCGGCACGCAGCAUCGAUGGCGAGGCGACGCCUGCCGUCUGGAAGGGCAAGGCGAGGGCAAUCGACGACGACCUUGCCCGCCAGUCUUUGACGGCGCGUUCCGACCCUCCGUGGGACCUUCAAGACCAGGACGGUGCCUCGACGAGCCGGCUCGCCCUCGACGCCCACCAGGCUGGCGUACCACGGCUCGAGGCGCGCGCCCGCGAGGAUCCGCUCGGGGACCAUCCCUUCAGCCUGCGACACAAUCUUCCCAUGCUGCUGCUCGUCAUUGUCGGAUCGAUCGUCGCCUUCGCCACGAUCGUGACGAGUCUGGCGUUCAUCCUCCGCUGCUGCUGCGGCUGGGAACGGAGAAGCAGCCGUCGUCAGCGCCGCCGCCAGCGACUGAGCAAAUCCGUGUGGAGCCCAAGCAAGGCCGGCGACGAAAAGGCCCAGGACGCCUUUGCCGACCCUGAUCUCGACCUCAAGGACGGCAAGGACGGCGUGCUGAGCAUGCCGACGACGCCCAUGCCCGUCCUGCUCUCCGAAAAGGAGGCCGAUGCGUCUGUGCGACCUCCUUCGUACGCUUCGGGAGACGGCGCCAAGGCCCGCAACGACGCCGCAAAUGCGAUCGAACUGGGCCAGGGUGCGAAGCCUUCGAUGGACGGACGGGGGUGGAGUCUGUUCGACCGGCCUGUCGGCGGCGACCCGAUCAAGGCGACGGGUGACAACGACUUCGAGGUCCGAGCCAUGCAGCUGCCCGACCAGGCCUCGAGCUUCCCCUACGGGCAGGACGGGCAGCUUGGCAACGGUCUGCCGGAUCUCGAAGGCGGCCGCGGUAUGGUGCCGGCGCGGCGACCGAGCUUCAUCGCGCGCGUCAUGAAGCAGCGCGGAUCCGCCUACGACCUCGAUGCUGAGCGAUGCGACCCUCGAACUACGGGUGCGUUGGGGGGGCCGUUCGACCACCUCGACAACGUCGGAAACGGCCACGUCACCUCGAAGGGAUCGUACCCCAACAUCCGAUCGUUGCCCGGCUACGGCACCGAGACGCCCCGGUUCCAGCCGGGCUCGGCCAAGAUCGGAGGCGGCGCGGCCGCCUCGUCGCGUUUCGCCGGUAUGGGGAUCCACGCCAGCCGCACGGUGCUCUCGAUGAUCCCAGCCACGCUUCGCAACGCCGCCAGCACCUCCCGCGCUCGCCACCCUGCCCACGACAGCGACUUUGAGGGCACCAUCGGCGGACGCGACCGUGACCUGCCCCGGGCCAAGAGGAUCGGCAAAAAGGCGGAGCGCUUCGCCAUGGAGUACUCGACCGAGGAGGAGCACAGUCCCGAGGGUUUCGGCCAGUCGCUCGGCCUCGAUGCCGGUGCGUUUGGCGGCAUGCUCGCCACGCCCGGCGGAAGACCGGUGGUGCGAGGGACGCCUGGGCAGCGGCUCGACUUCACCCCUGGCCUCGCCGGCAUCGGCGCGGCUUGGCCCAACAGCCAGGCCGAGGUCGGGCACGUCGGCCUCAGCCGUCUGGCCGAGAUCGAAGCAGCCGCCCUGAGGCAGCAGGGUGACGAUGCGGCGCUGCUGGGUGCCGGUGCGAGCGCCUUCCCAAGGCUGCCGCUCCCCGCGAUGGACUACCAGCGUGCGCUCCUCGAGCAGCAGUUGCAGUGGGAGGCCUACAUGAAGGCCCAGCCGAUGGCCGCGCCGCACCAGCUGCUGCAACAGACCCAGGCGCUGGCCCUCAUCCACCACCACCGCCAGCGGCACCAGCUCGAUGGACGUCAGCGCCUGCUCAGCACCGUCAGCCGCUGGCAGGAGGCGUCGCGCGACGCCGAGCCCGUCUACGACCCCUACACGAGCGCGCCGCCGAGCGUCAGCGGCUCGCUGCGCGGCCGUCCUGGCAGGCUGCACCGCGGCGCUAGCUGCCGCAGCGGUGCCACGUCGGACGUCUCGUCGAUCUCGGAAGGGUCUUCGAUCACUGGCCUCUCGGCGCUGUACGAGGGCAAGGGCGCUACCCUCGAUAAGCCCCACCACGGUGGCCUGCACGGCAGCGACGAGCAGGUCAGCCGGGUGCCAAGCAUCCGACCGCAAUUUGCGGCGACGACGACGCUGUCGAGCUGGCUCGAGCCGGGCCAGGUGUCGACGACGCACGGCCUCAAGUCGCACGAAGACGGGUGCUGGGAAGACGUCGAUGGCGACGACGGGCGGGACCCGUUCGCCUCGGACGUCGAUGUCGAGAAAACUCGCCCAGUCUCCCUUCGCAGCGAGUCGGCGAGCGACGCCGAGCCGCCGAUGGCCGAGGUUCGAGUGGUCGAGGACCGCAAGCGCCACAGGCCCAAGGCCGCCAGGCAGGCUUCCGAGGACAGCAGCUUGCGAGCAAGGGCUGUGCGACCUGCUGCCAAGAAGGCGGCCAAGAGCGGCUACAGCAGCGCGACGGGCAGGAGGCCCGUGUACCAGGAUCGCCAGCGAUCCAACGCUUCGAGCGUCCUCAGCAGCCGCACCCGGCUCUCGGUCCGCUCUUCGGCCGCGCUGAGCACGGGCGCCUCGACCAACCUCUCGUCGCUGUUCGACGCCGAGCCUGCUCUCUCACGAUCUCGACGCCAUGGCGACAAGGCAGCGAAGAAGGUGAAAGCCUCGUCGGCGGUCAAGGCGACCUCCGUGGCCCAGAACAGCCGUCGCAGGGAGAGGCAGGAGCCGCGUGACGGGGCCAUGACUGCCCAGGCGCCGGUCGAAGAGGAGUCGGUCGAGGUCUCUUUCGGCGAAGAGAGCUCCGCGCUCAGCAGGGCCGCUUCGAGCUACCUUGCCGAGGUGGCGCCAGCAUCCAAGCCCGCCGGCGGCAACAGCAGAAGGCUCAAGAGGCAGGACAGCAGCGCCACGAUGGGCAGCUUCUACUCGGAGCUGACCGCACCCGAGGAGUACACGUUCCGCGCGCCGAUGCUCGCUCCCGAGGUCGAAGUUGAGGUCGCCAUGGCCGAGGCGGAGGCCGAGAAGAAGAAGAAGGCAGCGGCCGACGACGCAGAGGCUGAGCCUGCCCUUCCCGCCAGCAAGCCGAGCAGCAAGCCCAAGAAGAGGCAGCAGCAGCAAGAGCAGCAGAGCCGCAGAAAGGACGUAGACGCCGACUCGGCUGAGCCGCGACAGAGCAAGCCGGUACGAGAAUUCGUCAAGCCUAGGAAAGCCUCGCAUGACGAGACGGCGGAACGUCCAUCGUCGCAGCCGCCGACCGUCCAGCCCGUCAGCAGCCUCGCGUCUGCCAAGGAGGUAGCGGCGCCGGCGUCGUCGGCGCGGCCCAAAAACGGCGCAGACUACGACGAGACCGACUCGCCCUGGACGUCGAGCGACUCCGACAUCAGCCUCAGGAGGUGGGGCGUCGUCACCGCCGAGAGGAGGACGCGCAGGUAA